UAAUAAUUAGCUUCACCCAAGUAAAGUAAGCUGUGUCGUGUCGAGUCGUCUACCAUGGCCUCCUUGAAACUGCGAGCUCCUGCGCCCUGUCUCACUCAAGCAGAUCUGCAAGCAAAAAUAAGUGAGGUCAGGGGGUUGAUCGGUCCUGCCUUGACUAAGUUCCCGACAAUGUCAUCGGACGCGUCGAUAUUAAGGUUUCUGAGAGCUAGGAACUGGAACUCAAAAAAGGCUGCCAAGAUGCUCAAAGAAACCUUGAAAUGGCGGAUGGACUACAAGCCCGAGAUGAUUCGAUGGGAACACAUUGCCCGUGAAGGAGAGACUGGAAAAGUUUACAAAGCCCACUACACUGACAAGAUCGGCCGCACCGUUCUUGUCAUGAGGCCAGGCUUCCAGAAUACAAGCAAGACCGAUGGGCAAAUCAGGUACUUGGUGUACUGCAUGGAGAAUGCAGUACUGGAUCUGAAACCGGGGCAGCAGCAAAUGGUGUGGCUAAUUGAUUUUUGUGGAUGGAACAUGUCCAGCAUUUCAGUUAAGACAACCCAGGAAACAGCCCGUGUCUUACAAAACCGUUACCCUGAGCGCUUGGCCCUUGCUAUUCUUUACAACCCACCAAAGCUCUUCGAGUCCUUCUGGACAAUGGUGAAGCCAUUUCUUGAGCGGAAGACGCACAAGAAAGUGAGAUUCGUGUACGCUGAGAACCCAGAGAGCAGGAAGAUAAUGGAGGAACUGUUCGAGAAAGACAAGUUGGAGGCGGCGUUUGGAGGGAGUUGCGGCACUCAGGGCUUUGACUACAAAACCCACUCCCAGCGCAUGAAAGAGGACGACAAGAAGAUGAUGGACUUCAUCAAAUCCGGCGCCCCUUUGCCGUCCGACCAAAACGUCCAGAACCAGUCGGAACCGCUCAGCCCGGAGUCCCCUUCCGCCGGCUUAUACGAAGACGAUGACGAUGACGACGACUCUUCCGAUGACGACAAUUCCCCCAGCAGCGUCCAGCAUAUACGGUUUUAGAAAUUAGAAAACACAUACAGGAUGAAAAUUCAAUUUUAUAUGAUUCAUCUCACACGUACGUUAACAUAAAAGUAGAAAUUAAAUAUAAUGCACCGCAAUAAAGAGCAUGCAUGAAUGCAUGCAUGCGCCAAC